CCGCCGCCCAGCCCCGACGCUUCUGCACCGUGACAGGCCCACGAGGCCGAGGACAACCAAGGUCGAAGACUGCAAAAUCAUCUGGCGCCAGUAUUGGGAUUGAUGGGCCCGAGCCUCCCCGCCUUUGCCAUUGCGAGGGUGAAAUCACCUCCUGUUUCUUUUAUUCCUCCUCCCACCAUUAUGCCGCCAUCACCGCCAGCUGCGCGAGCAGCAGCAGCAGCAAAAGCCGCUGCCUCGGCCGCCCGAGCCGCCGCGAGGACGGCAUCAACACCCUCCAGAGCAUCGCCAUCACCGGCGGGAGCAGCCGCCGCGUCACAAUCCAGACAGACCCCGAAAUGGAAGGUCAUGCUCUGGACGGGCCUCUUCGCCGCCGUGACCAUCACCGCCACCAUCUACGGCGCGGGGCUCAAGACGCAGCAGGAGUGGAAGGCCGAGAAAAAGAGAGUUACGGAGGCCACGCUGGAGGAAAAGGUGGCGAUUCUCGAGCAGCAUCGGGCAGAUCUGGAGAGGCGCAAGGCCGAGAUCGAGGACAAGCUAGCUGGGGUGCGGGCGCGGAUUAAGGCUGCUGAUGAAGGACACGGCCCGGGAGGUUGAAAAGGGAAGGGGGGCGUGAAGGACAUGCGGCCGACCAUCACGUUGAGGGAUGUUGAACUACCCUUAAACGGGUUGCUUGUUAGGACCGCCACGGUGUUGAGGCCUCAUUAUGGGCGGUCUUGCAGUUGGGAAGUCUGGCUCGCCCAAGUUGCAUUACUCUGGAGAGUCGGACCGGGCUGCGGCUCCUCGCGGCCAUGUUUGCAUAUUGGACA